CCUGUUAUUGCUGAUGUUUCAGACCAAGAUAAAAUCAAAUGUACCUUUAUUAAUCCCCGUGGGGAAAGUCAGGACUUUAAACAGCAACAGAGAGAAAUAAAAACAGGACGGUUCCAAAGAGGAUAAUGAAAUAAAGGAUGUACAGGGUGAUCAGGUGUGUGUUGUACCAGCAGCAGGAUGCCCAUCCCUCCCCUUCCUCCAACCCCAGGGGGGCCCCCUCCGCCCCCUGCCUUCAGCCAGGCCAACACCACCCCCCCCAGACUGAGCAGCGAGGAGGCUAUCGGCCACAGCGCCCUGCUGAGCGACAUCUGUAAAGGUGCCCGGCUGAGGACGGUGUCGGUGGUGAACGACCGCAGCGCGCCGAUGCUGGACAGUAAGAGCCAGACACCCCCCACUGAUCACCCAUACAUUCGCUUAUACCAAUACCUGCAGCAGCCGCCGAGCCAGCAGGGGGCGCCGUGCACGGAGCAGCAGAGGACGCCGUUUUCACUAGAGAAGCCCAAAAGAAGCGGCGCAGUAGCAGGGGGAGCCAAUGGCAGCACAGCAGUGAGCCCGUCGGUUACUGCUCCACCAAUAGGAGGGCUGUUCACGGGCGGGGUUCCCAAACUGAGAGCGGUGGGAGACGGGUCGUCGGGCAGAUCCCCGUCUUCUCGAGCCGCGGCGCCACGCCCUCCGAGCCAUCGCCAUGAGGACGCAGCAAGCCCCUCCCCCCAGGCGCUGUCGCCCGUGGAGACGAGCCGCUUGCAGCGUCCCUCCCUCCCCAACCUCACCCCACCCUCCCCCUCUCCCUCCGGCAGCAUGAAGCACUCCUCCUCCGCCCCCCCGCCACCCCCCCCUCUCUGUCGCCGCGGUAACGCCCCGUCCCCUCCCUCCUCCUCCUCCUCCUCCUACAACAACAGGGAGAAGCCCCUCCCCACCAACACCCCGCCCCUCCCAUCCAAACCUCCCCCAUCUCCCGGCAACAGCCGACGCCCCCCCACCUCGGGAGGAAACCCCACCUCCUCCCUGGCCCCUCCCCCCGACCUGCCACAGCGAAACAACUCCCUCGGCAACAAGAGGCCCGCUCCCUCCCCCGGAGGCCACACCCCCACCAGAGGCCCCGCCCCUCUACCUCCACCCGCCUCCCCCUCCCCUAACAGGCCGCCGCCCCCCACCAGGGAGACGACAGGAAGAGGAGCAGCUCCCCCGGUUCCCGCUCAGCCGUCGGCAGCAUCUCAGAGGGGGGGGGGCAGAGAAGCCCCACCUCCUCCCCCCUACAGGACUCAUGGUAGCCCCUCCCUCUCCUCCGACCCACCUUCCAGGGGGAAGCCCCCCCCGCCGCCCACCCGCACCCCCGCUGCUCUUCCACCACCCCCCCCUCUUCUCCGCAACGGGCCCUCCUCCUCCCCCUCUGUCCCCCGCUCCUUCGUGGAUGACUUUGAGUCCAAGUAUUCGUUUCAUCCUCUGGACGACUUCCCUCCUCCGGAAGAGUACCGACACUUCGCCAAGAUCUACCCCAGCAAGGCCAACAGAGUGAUGAGAGGAGCACCUCCACUGCCGCCUGUUGGGAGGUGAACCCUGAAGACUACUACCCACACACACACACACACACACACACACACACACACACACACACACACACAUUCAUACUCAUCCUGUUUGCGGUAAUCACAUCUGCAGUGUCCAGCAGUGACGCCUCAUCUGCGCUCAUAGCUGGUUGGCUGAGGAGAGCUCUGGUCAUGUGACAGAACAGGAGGCUGCUCACUCUGCAAAGGUCUUCCUCUUCCUCUCUGGACAUGAACACAUUUUAGUUUUACUUUUUUGCACGUGCACUUUUAGUUUGAAGAACCAGCGAGCAGCGCUUCUUGAGGAAACAUGUGAAGAAGAGCGAACCGUGAAGAAGAGAGAGGACACGUGAGGAAGAGAGAGGACACUUGAGGACACGUGAGGAAGAGAGAGGACACGUGAAGAAGAGAGAGGACACGUGAGGGAGAGAGGACACGUGAAGAAGAGAGAGGACACGUGAAGAAGAGAGAGGACACGUGGAGAAGAGAGGACACGUGAGGAAGAGAGAGGACACGUGAGGAAGAGAGAGGACACGUGAGGAAGAGAGAGGACACCCGAGGAAGAGAGAGGACACGUGAAGAAGAGAGAGGACACGUGGAGAAGAGAGAGGACACGUGAGGAAGAGAGGACACGUGAGGAAGAGAGAGGACACGUGAGGAAGAGAGAGGACACGUGAAGAGAGAGGACACGUGAGGAAGAGAGAGGGCACGUGAAGAAGAGGGAGGACACGUGAGGAAGAGAGAGGACACGUGAGGAAGAGAGAGGACACGUGAAGAAGAGGGAGGACACGUGAGGAAUAGAGAGGACACGUGGAGAAGAGAGAGGACACGUGAAUGAGAGAGCAGACACAUGUUUUUUUGAAAUCAGAUUCUGAAACUGUUGAAAGGGAAAUGAACUCCGUCCUGAUGAACCAUGAAUCUGACUCUGCUGACUCACCUGUAAACUCUCACCUGCUCCAUCACCCCCCGCUGUCAGCCGAGCUUUAUUUUGGCGGGACGUUAUGAGGGUUGAGUCUCUAAAUGCCAACAUGAAGGAAACAAACGCACCUGAGCUCACCUGGAGUCCUGCUGGGGGGGGAGACAAUCAGACAGAAAGGAGUUCCUCCUGCAGCAAGGACUCUUCCAUCCUUCCUUCCUCACCCCUCCCUCCCUCCUCCCCUCCUUGUUGCAUGUGGUCUUUAGUUCCAGUUUAAUCUCAGUGUGAAAUAAUUCUUCAGAUUUCAGCAGGAAAAUAUUAUAAAGUUGUUAGAAAUUAAAACUCAAAUAUAACCGGUUUCACUUUGAGAUCGUCGUGAGUUGAAAAUAAAAAUAUUAGAAAGUUUACAAAAUGAAAAAGUCACAGUAUUUAAAUGAAAGUCAUAUUAAGACUCUCAUAAAGGUUUGAUUUUAAAUUAAAUCUUGUUCUGAUUGGUCCUCCGAUAAGAAGAAGUCCUUUAAUAUUCUGACUUGAGCUCACGACCUUCCUCCCGUAAAGCACAUUAUAUAAUAACUUUACUCUCUGUCUCCUCUAAUGGUCUAGUCUCAGUGCCAGCAGGUUUCAUGGGUUUUGAAUCUGUUGUUUCCUGGAUAAAAAGACUACAGGCUUCAGUAUUAGCUGUGUUGUGUUGCCGGUAAAAUCACUGCUAGUGUCACUGCACACGGAUUAGGGGUUAACAUGACGUCUCAAUGAUUGCAAUCACACAGAACUGGUUCAGGUCUUUCUUUAGAGAAAGAGUCUCCGGCUCACACCAAGGAAAAUAGGAUGUUUGCCACCAGACUCCAUUCCUAAAACGGUAGAUUUCAUGUGUCUGCGCUGGUGGGCAGAAACCAUAUCAUUAUGGGAUAUUUUCUAAAACUUCCAGUUGUUUCCACGUAGUCCACCUCACAGACUCCAUUCACAAUCAGAAUACCUUGUCCCACAGAGGGGAAAUUUUCACUAUUACAGCAGAAAGAGCCAAAGACAGCUUAAUAUUACACCAAUACACUAAAAAAUAUAUAUAAAAGAAUCACACAAUUUACCAAAUACACAAAAAUAAAAGUAUAGCAGCCAGAUAUGUUUUGCACAAAACGUCUAAUUUAAUGUCCCAGAGUCUCAAAACUGAUGUAAUUGAGGCUCCUGCAGUAGAGGUGAGAAGCAUUUACCUGCAACAGAACCCCCCCACCCCCAUGCCGUACAGACUGUUUGCUGUAUAUCUGCUGAGUCGUAAAGAGCUUCUGACCCUGUGAUACCCAGUGACUCUGUGCUACCUGUAGUGACCGUAGCGUUAGCUCCGAGCUAAAGAUGACAGCAUGAUGUGUGUAUCCGAGCUCUAAUAAACACCUGUCUGACUCCUCUCUGC